GUCGGCGCCCACGUCUCCAUGGCUGGUGGCAUCGAAAGCGCCAUUGAAAAUGCCAAGUCGAUCGGAGCCAAUGGUGAGCGCGUCGCGAUCAAGCUGCGGCCCAAGAUGGCGUGGGCAAGCAAGCCGAUCCCGCAGGCCAACGUCGACGAGUUUAAGCGUCGCGUGCUCGCCGAGGGCUACACGUCCAAGGUCAUGCCACAUGGCUGCUACCUGACGAACCUGGGCAAUCCGGACGAAGAUAAGCGCGCGAAGAGCAUGGGCGCAUUCAUCGACGACCUCGAGCGCUGCGCGCUGCUAGGCAUCGACCUCUUCAACUUCCACCCUGGAUCCUCGGUCGGCAACUGCACCACAGAGGAGGCGUGCGGCACCAUUGCGGACUGCAUCAACCAGGCGCACAAGCAGGUCAAGGGCUGCCCCACGAUUCUCCUGGAGAACAUGGCCGGGGCAGGCAACAUCAUUGGUGGGCGGUUCUCGGACUUGGGCCUCAUCAUCAAGCUCGUCAAGGACAAGAGCAAAGUCGGCGUGUGCCUCGACACCUGCCACGCCUUCGCCGCCGGCUACGACUUGAGAACGGAAGCCGCCUUCGAGGAGACGAUGGCCGAGUUUGAGCGUGAGAUUGGCUUCGGGUACCUCAAGGCGCUCGGCUCGCACAAGGACCGCCACGCCAACAUCGGCCUUGGCGAGUUGGGCCUUUGGCCAUUCUUCAAGGUUAUGAACGACAAACGGUUCUCCCUGAUGCCGAUCGUGCUCGAGACUCCUGGCUAUUGGAACCGCGAGGUUCCGGCACUGUACGCGCUGCAGGGCCGGCGCAAUGACCCAGCAGACUGGCAGGAGACGAGGCGUCUCGUAGAGGAGGUGCGCGUGCUGCGCGAGCAGGCGGAGAAGGCGCGGGAGGCGGAGAAGCAGAAGGCAAAGGCGGAGAAGGCGGAGAAGGGCGGCAAGGAGAAGGGCAAGCAGGCAAAGGGCAAGGGCAAGGUGAAGAAGGCGGAGAGCGACGGCGACAGCGGCUCGGACAGCAGCUCGAGCGACGACGGCGAGGAGUACCGCGUCAAGACCAUCAGCAAGAAGGCGGCGGCCAAGCAGUCGGCGCCUGCCAAGAAGGCGUCGGCGAAGAAGACGCCGGCCAAGGCAGCGGCCAAGCCGGCGCCGAAGCGCAAGAGCACCGCCGCCUCGGGCUCGUCAAGCAAGCGCAAGAAGCGCGAGCCGGCGCACAGCGACGACGACUGA